CAAGUGACAGCAGCUCGAUACAGUUGGUGAAUGCGUGAAAAUUGUUUUUUAAAUUAAACUACAAUUAUUAUUCUUACUUUAUUUCAUAGCAGUGUAUUUGUAUAUAAAUCUUCUAAGUAUAUUUUUUCUUUUAACACUACUACAACAGUGAUAUUAUAAUACAAAAUGGAUGUGCAGUAUGGUCCCAAUGCAGUUGAUGAACCGAACCUACUGUAUAAGCUACAACAUAAAAUAAAAGUGUUUGAGACACAAAAUCCAUUACAAAACCGUGGAUAUAAUUUGGUCGCAUCAAGCAGCAAAUAUGGCAUUCUUUUUGUUGCUGUUCCUAAUGGAUUACUUACAGCAUAUUACCUGAACCAAGUGAUUGACAAGGAAUGUGAGCCACAACAUACUACCACAAAGCUUCAAGAAAUGCCUACCCAUAUAGGAGUCAACUGCACUCAAGAACUCUUGGCUGUCACAGGUGGCCAACUGAUUUGUGUUUUUAAAGUCACUGAUUUUCAAAAUCAGAACACCUCACCAUCAGCUAUUAUCAAAACGGAAGCAAGUCCUUCCACAUUUGUUUCUUCUAUGCAAUGGAAUCCGUGCAAUCCUGACUCGCUUGCCCUAGCCAUGUAUGACGGAACACUUAUCAUCUCUCAAGUGAGCACCAACCAACUGAAAAAAGUUCAAUCUAAAGCAAGGUGUAUAUGCUGGAGCCCAAAAGGCAAGCAGUUGGUUACAGGCAACAGUGAUGGUACACUUUGUCAGUAUUUACCAGAAUUGACUGUAGCGAAGACGGUGGUAGCACCAAAUCUCUUCUCAGGAUGCUCCACUGAAGCCAUGGCUAUACAUUGGAUAUCCACCUUCCAGUUUGCCGUAGUCUAUAAGAAUGCUACGGACAAUAGCCGUCCAGCUCUAACCAUUGUGCAUGCUGGAAAAACUGGUCAACCAACAUGUCACAAUUACGAAGAUAUUUGCUUCAGUCAGGGGUCACAUAGACCUUGGUUCUACUAUCUACAAGGGAUUGCACAGUGGAAUCUUAUACUGGCCUCAUCAUCGAACAGUAUGGAAAUAGCGACGCUUAGCUCACCCGAUGGUGCAAGUUGGAUGCAGUGGUGUCAGCCAGAUGAAGCCAGGCCAGAGCUGCCAUUGACUGAUAAAAAGUUGGAAAAUUACCCUGUUGGAGUAUGCAUUGAUACUUGUGCAAUACAGCAAUUACCCUGGGGUGAAAACGAAGUCUUGCCGUACAUGCCACGGCUACACGUGCUGUCUCAAUCCGGCCUCCUCACUAUAUUCAAUAUAGUGAACCUCAAUAAAAGCGCAGCACAACUGUGCACUCCGCAGCAACAACUGGCGUUACCAGCUGCCGCUAUGACUAGCAUUGUACCCAGUGAUGUGCCACCAAAACCCCAACCGACGCCUGCGCCUGCUCCGGCGCCCGUCCCGAUACAGAAGCCGCAACCAUUGCCUGCCCAAGCGCAGCCUAUACAAAUACCGUCAGUACCAAAGACAAGUCCGUUCAUGCCAUCAAUGAAUAACGCCUCACAACCGGCACCACAACCGCAAAUUUCAGCAGCAAACAAAGCAACUGCGCCAUUUAAACAAGCUGUGGAACAAAAAGAAACGAAGCCGGUAUUAGCUCAAUCUCAACCGCAACCUCUGCCUCAGGCCCAGCAGCAACCGCAACCAGCUGUGCCACAGGCAAAACCACUACCCAAGGCUCAGCAACCGCCACAAAUGCAAGAAAAUGCUGCUUUGAAAGCGGAACAAGAGAAAAUUAACAAAGAGAAAGCUAACCAGGAAUUGAAAAAUAUGCUAGUGAAAGAAGUGAAUGAUUUUCAAAUGGAAUUGUACAAGUUUAUGGUGAAGACUCGUGAGACUCAGGCGAAGCUUCAACAAGACAUAGAUGCCAUUAACUUAAACAUCGAGCCUAAUUCCCUGGACACGGAACAGCUAAGGAAAGAGUGUUCACUGGACGAACUGAGAGGAACCAUAGCUCAAUUCAAAUUGGAAUUGGUGAGGACCUGCGCUAUCAUGGCAGAGGCGCGUACGCAUGCCGAAGUAAAGGAUAUGGAACAAUGGACGCAAGUGGACCCCCUGACGAUCAAACGCAUUGCUUCCGUGAAGAAAUUGGCGUACUACGUGCAAAACCAACUGGAACAAACUCGACAAGCACUUGACUACAAAUGGAACGAAAUGGAAUCUAAGGAUAAUUACAAAUCAGGGUCCCGCAUGGUGCGCCCCAGGUUGGACGAAGUGUAUCAACUGUUAGUGAGACAGCAAGAGAUACUCAGCCGACAGCAGGCGGUCCUUCGAACCCUUCGGAACACCGCCACGGAGUGUGACGUCACACCCGUCUUCAAAUCCACCUCCAUAUUGAGGAGCACGCCUUUCAGAAAUAAAGAUCCCCUGUCAAAGUUAACCAAAAACAUUUUGAACAUGAGUAUUGAGCCUCAGACGAAAAAGCCUCUAUUGACGGCGCAAAAAAUCGACGCACUCAGAGACUUGUUAGCAAACCACAAGCCGAUAAAAAUAAAACCAGUGAAUGUUGAAUUGAGACAGCAUUUGGCAACAAUGAAGUUGAAUUAUGAAAGGAGUAUGCGAGAGAAAGAAGCCGUAGUAACUGUGAAGGUGAAACAAGAGCAUGUUGAAGCACCCAAGUUUGAACCAAAGUUUGUGCCCGCUCAGCCUAAAGUAAAGUUGGAAGUGAAGCCAGAGCCUGUUAUUCAAAUGCCGGCAAGUGGCGCGGCAUUCACACCGGUGGCGAACGUGAAACCCGCUGCGCCCGCGUUCGGUAACGUUGCUAGAACGCUGUUUAAUGAUGUACCGAAACCCGAACCGCCAAAGCCUGUAAUCCAACCAACUAUACCAGUGGCAAACCCACAACCAUUCAAGGUGCAAUCCCACGGUUUCGCCCCGCUUAACACAGCGUCUGCCUCGGCGGCCACCAAAAGCGUAUUAAAAGAUCUACUACAAAACAAAUCUCAAGCUAAUUUAGAAGCCAAAAACGACGCCAAUACCUUUAUGGGACAAAAAAUAUGCUCGCCUACAUCAUUUGUUGCGCCGCCAAUAGCUACUACAGCCCCUGUGAUAUUAAAAGACAAACAAUUGUCUACCUCAAGCAAUGUCUUUCCCAAAUUCCAACCACAAGCAUUCAUACCAGAAUCAAAACCUCAAAUGUCGCUAAUUCCAAAGUCAAAUGAAACGGAUGAAUUCGAAGCAGCAGCAAGCACGAAACCUUUUGAAGCCAAAAAUACAAACUUAUUCGGAUCGACUGCGAAUGUACCUGACGUUUUGAAAUCUCACAACCAGGAAAUAACGAAAGUUGAAAGUAAACCAAUUUUAAAAAUACCUGAAAAAGUUAUAGAGAUAUCAAAGGAGAAUGUCCCAAAAAAGGAUGUGCCUAAAUUAACUCCAACGGCGGAUAAAAAGGACGUUCCAAGGAUCUUGUCGUCGCAAAGUGUAAAUAUAAAGCCACCUGUAUCUAUUGCUACAAGUCUUUCGACUUCAUCAAAUGAAUCUCAAAAGACAGAAAUAAAAGAGGUAAAUGCGGAAGUUCCAAAACCAGCUGAAAAGUCUGAAUUGAAGGUAACAUCAAAUGCUUCGUCAAUUUUUGCAAAUGCCAACAUCACAAUUCCCACAGCUCCCAAAUUUCAGCCAGCCGUUAUUAAGCCUAUAAUGCCAACGCCCCAACUUGCUGCAAAGUCUGAGUCUGUAGCACCUCCUGAACCCAAACUCACUGAAGAUUCACAACCUAAAGCCCAAGAGAGCGAAGUGACAACAACCGUUUCUUCAUCAUCUAUAUUCGCAGCAGCUGCAACGUCGCAAUCAAAAACGACAGCACCCACUGGUUCUAUAUUCAAUUCAUCUACCCCUUUAACAACGCCAAGCGCGUUCAGUUCACAAGGAUCUAUAUUUGGUGCUUCAACCGGUUCAAGUUCCGUUUUUGGAAGUGACACAUCAAAACCAUCUAUAUUCAGUACGCCAAGCUCCACAGCCUCGUCUAUAUUUGGUACAGCUAAAACACAAGCUGGGUCUAUUUUUGCACCAACUACUACAGAGGCACCGACAGCAGCAGCGGUAUUUGGAACAGCGACUACAACUCAGUCGGCCUUUAGUUCAACCAGUUCAGUGUUCGGUACAGCUGCUAGUGCUCCAUCUUCGGUGUUCAGUGGCUCUAGUUCGAUAUUCGGAACGGCAGCGACUACAACACAAUCGUCUUUAUUCGGUACCCCUGCAACAUCAUCGUUUGCAACUACUACAACGUCAUCUAUAUUCGGUAGUGUAACAACAACGACGCAAAGUAUAUUUGGCGCUACACCGGCAACGCAGGCUUCUGUGUUUGGAUCUACGGGACAGACUUCAGUAUUUGGGUCUGCGCCGACUACUCAGUCUUCGCUGUUUAGUACAACUGGUCAAACAGGUUCUGUGUUCGGAGCUCCGACGUCAACCACUCAGCCGUCUGUGUUUGGUACACCAACAUCGACUACACAACCUUCUGUAUUUGGUACACCUACUUCGACCACACAACCUUCCGUGUUUGGUACCCCAACUUCGACUGCACAACCCUCUGUGUUUGGUACACCAACUUCGUCAGCCCAACCUUCUGUAUUUGGCACUCCAGCGUCAACAACUCAGCCGUCUGUGUUUGGGACACCAACGCCAUCUACACAAGCGUCGAUCUUCGGAACGCCGACGCAGACAACACAAACGUCGGUGUUUGGCGCCCCGGCAGCUACAACUGCGCAAAGUGGAUCAUUAUUCGGUGUACCUGAAGGCAAUUUAUUCGCGUCAGCAAGCAUUUCUACAACUAGCGCUCCAUCUCAGGGUGGAAGCAUUUUUGGCGGGAGUACAUCAGGAUCGGUGUUCGGCAGUAGCGGCACUAGCGUGUUCGGUAGCACUACAUUCGGGCAGCCGAAUCCGACGGCGGCCGCCAUAUUCGGUGGCGCGACAUCUGGUCAAAAACCAGCGACUAACUUCUGGUCUGGAGGUGGCGCCACCAGUGGAGGCGGUUUCGGUUCAUCCACUUUUGGCCAACAAAGUACGACGCAAGCGUCGUCUAUCUUCGGCAGCGGGUCGGGUGGUAGUUUCAGCGCACCGCAGCCCGCCGGCACCACAGCCUUCAGCAGUCCACAACAAGGAUCCGCGUUCGGAGCAGCUCCGUCGUUCGGCGGAUCGCCCGUUUUCGGCUCGAAACCUGUCUUUGGACAAUCUGGAGGUUUCAGUUCUCCGACGGGCGGUGGCUUCGGCUCUUUCGGCGGUUUCAACAAGAGCCCCAGUAGCGGUUUCGGUGGUCCAGCUUCCUUCGGCGGCGCUCCUACGUUCGGCAAUUCUGCUUUUGGCAACACCUCCCCUGGCAAGGUGUUUGGAGGAAGUCCUGCACCAGCAUUCGGGUCGCCGACACAGUCGAACGCAAGGUUUGAAAGCCUAGCGACUCAGAACACGCUCACGUUUGGUAACUUGGCGCAGCAGUCCGGCCAACCAGCACCGCAGCCGCCCAGUUUUAACACGUCACCAUCUUUCACUGGUUGGCGCGGCUAAUCGUCUCAUAAAGAUUGUGCCAUAAACAUGAAGUAUUAGAGGCACCAUAAUUAUUUAUGUAUUUAGUUUCGUAAUCUGUAUGUUAGAUUCCUAUACCAUUUUGUGACUAUAAUCAAUGUUAAACUAAUCGUGUAAUAAAUAAAUUAAUUCUACACAGAGA